UCGGGCUCUUUGCCAUGGGGUUUCUGUUCCCCCUUUCACUGCUGGUUUUGCUGGCGGCAGCCUACUCCGGAGGCGGGAGCGCGCGGAGGCGCUGGGCUGCGCGGGCGCAAAGCUCCGGAGGCAGCUCUCCCGCGCCCUCAGAGACCUCAGCGCCUUUCUGGGUGCGCAUAAGCCCCAAGUUCGUGGCUGUGCCGCCGGGGCGUUCAGUGUGGCUCAACUGCAGCAGCAGCUGCCCCCUGUUGGAGGAUUCCACCCUCCAUACUGGGCUUCGGCGGGGUCAAAUGCUCAGCGGACCUAGUUGGGUCUCCUUCCAGCUGCUGGAUGUAAGGGCCUGGAGCUCCGAUGUGCACUGCUUCAUCACCUGCGCAGGAGUAACGCGGGAGGCCACCGCCAGGAUCAACGCCUACAAACCGCCGCACAGCGUGAUCCUGGAGCCUCCGGUCUUAGAAGGCUGUGAAUACACCCUGCGCUGCCACGUGACGCACGUGUUCCCCGUGGGCUUCCUGGUGAUAACUCUGCGACGCGGCGGCCGGGUCAUCUAUUCCGAAAGCCUAGAGUACUUCACAGGCCUGGAUCUGGCCAACGUGACGCUGACUUAUGCAUUACGAACUAGGCCCCACGACCUCUGGCAGCCAGUGACCUGCCACGCGCGCCUCAAUCUCGAUGGCCUGGUGGUCGGCAGCAGCUCAGCACCCAUGACGCUGACAUUCUUGGCUUGGAGCCCUAUGUCCAAAGCCUUGGCUUCCACCUCCAUCGCAGCCCUUGUGGGGAUUCUUCUCGUCGUGGGGGCGGCCUAUCUUCGAAAGUACCUACUGAUGCAAUCCCGGGCGUAGAGGGCCCAUGCCCGCUGAGCCGGAGCAAAAAGGAAUCUGUAACGAUUUGGAGACCCCUGCCUAUAUCAAUAAAGCCUUCCUCAGCCAGUCUGUCACUUGGCCUGAAGGUCCCCCAUUAGUGCACUGCCUCU